GCGUGAUUGGUGACUUGUCUUUCCGCACGCAAGGCGGCGAGCGCUGCGCUCUAUGGUAGUGCGCAGGCUGGCCCUUCACCGCACUCUAUGGUAGCGGCGGCGGCCAGCACCAGGUCCUCCAACCUUACGCUAUGUGGGCGGGGGCAGUGGCUGGCAGUUCCGGCUGCUGGGACCCGGUCUGGAAGUUUGCAGUGUCAGUCAGUGGGAAAGUGGUGGGUGCAUGGUGACCCGGUACCCGCUGGGGACAUGGAGGGUGACAGGGCACCUUCUGGGGAGAGCACAGAGGAGGAGGUGGCGGAGCAGCAGCAGCAGCAGAAAGACUUGCAGUCUCUUGGCGGAAGUGAAGUGAAGAGUCGCGCUAUAGUGAAAUAUUCCUCGGCACCACCGCCUGCAGCCUUUGCCCAGCUCCAGGAACAGACCGAUUUGAAGUUACCACCUGCUAAUUGGUUGCGGGAGAAUGCUAAGCUUGGACCUACCAUUCUUGGAAACAGCAAAAAGAGCAAAUUAUUUUCAAGCUUUGGCAUGGCGUAUGAUUUCAUAGAUACUGUUGGGAAAGAAGUGGACGUUGUGGCAGAUUCAGAGAACAUAAAGAAACUCUUAAAGAUUCCGUACAGCAAGUCUCACGUCAGCAUGGCUGUCCACCGCAUCGGAAGGACUCUGCUGCUGGACGAGCUGGACAUUCAGGAGCUGUUCAUGAGGUCUUCUCAGACUGGAGACUGGACAUGGCUGAAGGAGUUUUACCAGAGACUUAUGGACCAGAAGUGGCAGAGGAAGAAGAAGAGUAAGGAGCACUGGUACCAGAAAGCCAUCCUCUCCAAGUUCCUGUACUACAGUAUUAAUGGGGAUGAUACAGCUGAAUCAGUCCCAUCUGCUCCUCCCCAGCCCACAGCAGAACACGAUCUCGGAGAAUCCGCUGCGGGUGAGGAUGUAGCCUGGCCUGCUCCUUUUGAGACAUUAUCUUCUGUCCCAGAAGAAGGUGGAGCCUCCAACCAGGGUCUUAAAAACGACUUUGUUAGGAACAUCCUAUGGACAUUUGAAGACAUCCAUAUGUUAGUGGGCUCUAAUAUGCCUAUUUUUGGAGGAGGGCGAUAUCCAGCUGUCAGCCUACGUCUCCGGGAUAACAACAAACCAAUCAAUGUGCUGACCGGGAUUGAUUAUUGGUUGGACAAUCUGAUCUGUAAUGUCCCUGAACUCGUCAUGUGCUUUCAUGUGAAUGGAAUUGUGCAGAAAUACGAGAUGAUCAAAACUGAAGACAUCCCAAAUCUGGAAAAGUCCAACUUCUCCACCAAGGUGAUAAAAGACAUAGCCCAGAACAUUUUAUCAUUUCUGAAGUCAAACUGCACGAAGGAAGGUCACACCUACUGGCUGUUCAAAGCCAGUGGCAGUGACAUUGUCAAACUCUAUGACCUUUCCACUCUCUGUGAGGAGACAGAGGACAAGUAUCAGAACCCUUUCACCAUGCCAGUGGCCAUCUUGCUCUACAAGGUGGCAUGUAAUAUGAUGAUGAAGAAAAGCCAAAAUAGAAAGCAUUAUGGGACGAUUCGCACAUUAUUACUAAACUGCCUGAAGUUAGUGGACAAAGGAAGACAUCCCCAAAUCAUUGCUUCAGCCAAUUACAUGCUUUCAGAGCUUUUCCAGCUGAAACCUAAGAAAGAGGAAAGUGGGGAUGCUGCUUCUAAUGGGAACAACUCUGACGAGAGCUACAGUGAGGAGGAAGAGGAUGAGGAGGAAUUGGCUGACAGCGAUGAGAAUGGAUCUUAUGGUUCCACUUCUAAACUGUCAGGUGACUGCAAAGCUGUGGCUGUCAUUAAGUCUGUCCGAGAGCUGUCUGUUCCCGAGAAGUACAAGUCCACGCAUCAGAUUAGGCCAAGCUGUGCAUUUCCAGUCUGCAAUGACACAGAGGAACGUUGCCGUUUGGUGCUCGGUUAUGUAUUAGAGGGGCUGAAGUGCAUUGAUGGCAAUGUUAAGAAGGAAAGUGAGCUGCCAGCUGCCGAUCCCAACACACCGAUACCGCUGAAAUACGAAGAUGAGUCGGCAAAUGUCGUGUCUGAGAGCCUAGAAAAGCAGCUGACGUUACUACUGCUGAACAGUCUAGCAGAGUGUUCCGAUAACAAGAGUUCCAGCAGAUCUGGAAUUAUUCCUGGCUCCUGGCAGUUCAAAAUGAAGUUGCAGCUCACUUUUAAGGCCUCCAAAGCGUAUUAUGUUCUGUCUGACGCGGCCAUGACCCUGCAGAAAUAUGGCCGAGCAUUGAGGUACAUGAAGCUGGCAUUACAGUGUUACGAUGCGUACAGCUGCCUGAGUACCAGACAGGCUCCAGACGGGAUGCGGCUGCUGUGUCAGUACCUCACGCUCUGCGGCGACAUCCAGCUCAUGCUCGCACAGAACGCAGGCAACAGGACCGCAUACUUUGAGGAAUACAACUACCAGACAAGAGAAGAUCAGGAAAUCCUGCACAGUCUCCAGCGAGAGUCCAGCUGUGAAGGCUUUUCCUUUAUAACCGACCUGGUCCCUGACCUGGAAUGCCAGCUCUCCAUUAGCUGCAAAUGCUACGAAACAGCCAAUGAAAUCCUGAUGGUCACACUCCUGGUGGACCAGUACCCAGAACAGCAGACACAGGUGCUGAAGAGACUCGGGAAUGUCCGCAAUGAGAUUGGAGUGUUUUACAUGAACCAGGCCGCUGCCAUGCAGUCUGCAAGAUCAGGAAGCAAGAGCGUUUCCAGCGCAGAACAAGAAUUAUGGAAGAAGAGCUUCUCCUGCUUUGAAAAAGGAAUAGUGAACUUUGAAGCCAUUAAGGACAACACAAACAUUGCUCUCUUACUAUGCAACAGUGGCAGGCUGAUGAGGAUAUGUGCCCAGGCCCACUGCGGCAAUGGGAGCGAUGCGAGUAGGGGGGAGUUCUCUCCCGAGGAGGCGCUCUACUACAAUAAGGCCAUUGAUUACUACCACAAGGCAUUGAAGUCAUUAGAUAAAAGAGAGCUUCAUCCAGCGGUCUGGGACUCUGUUUACUGGGAGCUGUCCACCACAUAUUUUACAAUGGCCACCCUGCUGCAAGACUAUGCCCCCACCUCCAGGAAAGCGCAGGAGCAGAUUGAGCGGGAAGUCACUGAAGCCAUGAUGAAGUCUCUGAAAUACUGUGGCGUGGAGACUGUGUCCGCUCGUCAGCCCCUAUGCCAGUACCGAGCGGCCACCAUCCACCACAGGCUGGCAUCUAUGUAUCAUAGCUGUCUGCGGAACCAGGUAGGCGACGAACAUUUGAGAAAGCAGCAUCGGAUCCUCGCUGACCUCCAUUACAGCAAAUCAGUAAAACUCUUCCAGUUCCUGAAGGAUGCCCCAUGUGAACUUCUCAGGGUCCAGCUAGAGAGGGUGGCCUUUGCCGAAUUCCAAAUGUCCAGCCAGAACAGUUGUAUUGGAAAGCUAAAAAGCCUUUAUGCAGCUCUUGAAAUUAUGAUGAAAACACGUUGUGCUUUUGUCGUUAUUGACAAAGAAUUGGAGUGUGAAAGCGAUCAGGGAACAGAGAAUAGGAGUGAGCCGGGAGAGGAUUCUGCAGCCAGCCUCCGGAAAGAAGAAGUUGUAAAACUUGUAAAUAUAUUCGAGUCCCGUCUGUCGUUUGUUCUCUUGCAACUUGUGAAGCUUUUAACCUCAAAGAAGAAGAUGGGUAAUUCCCCAGAGGAGGAGACCAUUCUGAAAACCUACAAGCAAGUUUAUUCCAAUCUCUUACGGGCUUCCACCAACAGUUUCGCCACACUGUCCGAGAGACUGAACCUGCUGAUAAAUAUACUGGAUCAGCUCCCUCCUCGGAGUAAAGCACAUGAGACUGGCAUUCAGUGACACAUGAUUGUGUUGGGGAUACUAAGCAAAUGCUGUGCCUUGUUAGACCUGGGAUUGCUGGUUCGUUCCACGAGCUGCGAUGUUCCGUCAUCAUAACACGCGUUAUUCCAAUCUGCAGACCCGGGUUUCCAUGGAAAUUGUUUCUGUAUGAAGGUGUAAGACCAUCUGCACAUACACUGUUUUGCUGCCAAUGUUUUGGCCACUGCUGGCACCUGUAGGUUUUAUUUAUUAUUGUCUUGUAAUGGCAUUGUGCACCUUCCCCUGUUCUUACCCCAUCACUCCCAGAGUAUUCUGCAGGGAUCUAUGGGCUAAGGAUACACCUGUGCGCUACUUUUUCUGCCAUUUUACUUCAGUUAUUUUUGAUAUAAAGUCGUCCUUACUCUAUUUUCUUUCCCAUCAUUUCACAUAUUUAUGCGGUUAAUUGCAUAGAAGAGUUGCACUAUUUUUGCUACACUAUUUUUGCUUCUGCAAUAGUGUUACUGUAAGCAUGCUCAGAACCAUUGUUUUUUUUUUCCCUCCAUAUUCCGUUUAUUCUUAUUAAAAGAAGCCAUACCACUUUUUUUUCCCCUUUAACUAGCAAUUUUUAAACGUGAUUUUAGUGUUCCUUAUUUGCUCCUUUUCAAAGUCUCUCUGGAGGUUGCAAAAAAAAAAAACCUGAGUUAAGUUUAGAGAAUUAUUUUUUAUUUCUUUUCAUAAGAUCCCUGCUUCUUAUGUUUGAUGUGUGUAAGUUCUGGAAGAGGGCUGUGGCCUAGUUAGAGUUCAGAAAGUAGGGCAUAGAAAAAUCAAAGGGGAGAUCGUUGUAAUCCUCUAAAUUGCUGAUAGCAUUUGCCUAGGAAUCACAUAAAACUACAGUUUUUGCAUACUAUAUUAGAGUAUUUUAGGGUCCGUGCCUUUAAAAUCAAGGAAUGUUUUGUAUUUUAUUUUUCCUGAAUGGCGAAAUACUCACAGAAGACAAAUACAUUUCUCUUAUGUCCCAGAGGAUGCUGGGGUCCACAUUAGUACCAUGGGGUAUAGACGGGUCCACCAGGAGCCAUUGGCACUUUAAGAGUUUGAGAGUGUGGGCUGGCUCCUCCCUCUAUGCCCCUCCUACCAGAUUCAGUUUAGAAAAUGUGCCUGGAGGAGCCGGUCACAGCUAGGGGAGCUCUCCUGAGCUUUCCUGGAAAAGUUUUAAUUUAGAGUUUAUUUUUUUACAGAAGGCUGUUGGCAACAGCCUGCCUGCAGCGAGGGACUAAUGAGGGAGCAGUGUCCGCCCUGCGGGGUCUGAGCCACUGACUCCGCUGACUGGACACUGAGCUCCAGAGGGGUCUGAUCGGUCUCCGCCACAGGGGAACCGCUCGUCCCAGCAGCAUGCUGCCGACCCCUUACAGAGCUGAAGUGAGUGGUGGGUUAGUCACCGACCCCCCUAGCAAGCGGGGGGGCGGUGUGAAGAUGGCGGCAAUGGGGAAAUAACCGCACUCCUGGAUGGUACCAGAGGCACAUAGUGCGGCGCUGUGAGGGGCGCCAUGGGCCAGCGCUUACCCCCCACACUGGUCAGCAAGCCUGUCGGGGUCCAGGGAUCUCAGCCAGCAAAACUCCUCAGGCCAGUGUAAACUUCUGAAGAGCGGGAAGACAGCUCCAUUAAGGGGGCGGAGCUUCUCAGAGCGGACCCUGCAGCGUUCCAGCGCCAUUUUCCUGCAUGCAAAGCUGAAAGGAAGAUACUGGUCCCUCCACAGCAACUCCAGCUUACUGUAUACGGUACCAAGGGGUUGUAGAAGGGAGGGGAGGCUGUUAUUUGACUGUGUGUCCUAUUAAGGAGCACAAGUCAGCGCUGAUAAGGGGUUUUCUCCUUGCUAAAAAGCGCUGGUGUGGGUUGGCUCCAAUCUCUGUCUCUCUCUCUUGCCAUUCUUGGGGGGAAACUCUGUCUGCCCCCACCUCUGUGUGGGUGUGUGUGGAGUGUUUGGUGGUCACCUGUAGCAAUGUCCAGGGACACAGUGUCAUAUGCUGCAGAGGAUUUAUCCUCCCAGGAUGAUCCCAUUCCAUGUAAUCAGGAUAGCACUGGUUUAGCACAGAUUCCAACAAGGGAACAAGAGUGAUUUUGCUCUAUCAAGUCUUGGAUUUCUCAGAUUUCUGACAGGGUUGCUAGUAACUAAUCUGCAACCCAGGUUUUGCAGACCUCUAUGGCUGUAUGGCCCUUGUCUGGUACCUCGGGACACCCCCGCUAUAUACCCCCACAAAUGUGCGCUUGUGCAGGUAACACAAGUCGACACUGAUACCGAUACUGACACUACAAGACGACACGGUUCCUGAUACUGACACUACAGAUGGUGAUGGGGAUGUGUUAAGGGGGUCUGCAUCUCUUGCAAGGGGGUGCAAUUGUUGAUAGAGGCUAUCAGGGAUGUGUUAAAUGUUACUGAUACCACACCUGAACAGGUUGAUGAGGCUUUUUUCACAGAAAAUAAAAAGCCUCGCCAACCUUCCCUGCGUCACGGGAGUUGAACACUAAUUUUGAAAAAGCCUGGGUAAACCCUGAAAAGAAAUUUCUGAUCCCAAAAAGGAUUCUGGUAGCUUUUCCUUUCCCUGAAGAGGACAGGAAAAAAUGGGAAAACCCUCCGAUUGUUGACGCAUCUGUGUCCAGACUCUCAAAAAAGGUGGUUUUGCCUGUUCUGGGAUCUACCGCCUUAAAGGAGCCAGCAGAUAGAAAGAUUGAUAACACGCUUAAAUCAAUGUAUACUGCUUCUGGGGCCAUAUUACGUCCCACUAUUGCUAGUGCAUGGAUUGCAAACGCAAUCGUGAAGUGGUCGGCUACCUUGCUUGAGGAUUUGGAUACGAUGGAUAGGGAUGACGUUGCAUUAUAUUUACGCAACAUACAUGAUUCUGCGGGUUUCAUGGUAAAAUCUGGGUUCCAUGGCUGCAGGAAUUUCUUCCAUGUCUGUUUCAGCUCGUCGGGGACUUUGGCUGCGCCAGUGGUCGGCCAACGCGGAAUCCAGAAGAAGUGUGGAGUCGCUACCCUAUACAGGUCAGGCUCUCUUUGGGGAAGCUCUAGAUGCGUGGAUCUCCACCGCUACGGCGGGUAAAUCUCCGUUUCUUCCCUCUGCAGCUCCUGCUCCAAAGAAAUCAUUCUCCUCAGCUGCACUGCAGUCCUUUCGGCCUAACAAGCCUAGAAAGGCCAGGACUUCCAAUACCUUCUUUAGGGGAGGUCAGGUUAAGUCCAAGAAACCUGCCGCUGCAGGUUCCCAGGAACAAAAGCCGGCGUCAGGUACCCCACAGUCCUCCGCAUGAUGGUGGACUGCACGGCCCGGUGGUGGGGCUAGUGGGAGCGAGACUCAGACAUCUCAGUCAGGUCUGGGUAUCAUCCGGCUUGGAUUUCAGUCAGGUCUGGGUAUCGUCCGGCCUGGAUCCCUGGGUAAUAGAUAGUGUCCCAGGGAUACAGGCUGGAAUUUCAAAGUCUCCCUCCGCGCCGCUUUUUCAAGUCAGGCUUACCAACUCUGUUGGAGGACAGCACUAUUCUUCAAGACGCUGUCCAAAAGCUGGUGGAGGCACAGGUCAUUGUGCCAGUGCCACCUCACAUGCUGACCAAAGGUUACUAUUCAAAUCUUUUCGUGGUACCGAAACCGGAUGGUUCGGUCAGGCCCAUUCUGAACCUAAAAUCAUUAACACCUUCCUAAAGGAAUUCAAGUUCAAGAUGGAGUCUCUCAGGGCGGUGAUAUCAGGUCUGGAAGAGGGGGAAUUCCUAGUGUCACUGGACAUCAAGGAUUCGUACCUUCACAUUCCGAUCUGGCUGCCGCAUAAGGAUUAUCUCAGUUUCGCUUUGCUGGACUGUCAUUAUCAGUUCCAGGCCCUGCCAUUCGGACUCUCCACAGCACCGAGGGUAUUUACCAAGGUGAUGGCGGAAAUGAUGAUACUGCUCCGCAAACAGGGUGUGAACAUCAUUCCAUAUCUGGAUGGUCUCCUGAUAAAGGCGUCGUCCAAGGAGACACUACUACAGUCCAUUGUUCUCUCAACGCGACUGCUCCAGAGUCACGUUUGGAUUCUGAACUUUCCAAAGUCACAUUUGGAACCUACCCAGAGAUUGUCAUUUCUGGGAAUGAUCCUAGAUACGGAAGUGCAGCGGGUGUUUCUUCCACAGGACAAGGCAUUGGUGAUACAAGCCAUGGUCCGGGAUGUCCUGAAACCACCCCGGGUGUUGGUUCAUCAAUGCAUCCGCCUAUUGGAAAAGAUGGUGGCCUCUUACGAGGCUCUCCAGUAUGGGAGAUUCCAUGCUCUGACCUUCCAACUGGAUCUCCUGGACAAGUGGUCGGGAUCUCACCUCCACAUGCACCAGAGAAUUCGUCUGUCACCAAAGUGAAGGAUUUCUCUCCUCUGGUGGCUUCAACUGCCUCACCUCCUGGAAGGCCGCCGGUUCGGAAUUCAGGACUGGGUCCCGCUAACAACGGAUGCGAGCCUCAGGGGCUGGGGAGCAGUCACUCGAGGUGUAACCUUCCAGGGAAGGUGGACAAGCCUGGAAGCAGGCCUGCCCAUCAACAUUCUGGAACUAAGAGCCGUCUUCAACGGUCUUCUUCAGGCGGCCCCUCUUCUAAGGAAUCGGGCCAUUCAAGUAAAGUCGGACAACGUAACAACAGUGGCUUACAUAAACAGACAGGGCAGAAAGAAGAGCAGAGCGGCGAUGUUAGAGGUGACAAGAAUACUCCUCUGGACAGAACAGCACGCACUGGCGCUGUCAGCCAUCUUCAUUCCGGGAGUAUACAACUGGGAAGCAGACUUCCUCAGAAGACACAAUCUACAUCCAGGAGAGUGGGGACUCCAUCCGGACGUGUUCACGCACAUAACGGAUCUUUGGGGCUUACCCCAAAUAGACAUGAUGGCCUCUCGUCUCAACAAGAAGCUUCAGUGGUAUUGUUCCAGGUUGAGGGACACGCAGGCAGUGGCUGUGGACACCCUGGUGUCUCCGUGGGUGUUCCAGUCAGUGUACGUGUUUCCUCCACUCUCUCUCAUUCCAAGAAUCCUAAAACUCAUAAGGAGAACAAGGGUUCAAACGAUCCUCAUUGCCCCAGAGUGGCCAAGAAGGGCUUGGUACGCGGACCUUCUGAAUCUACUGCAAGAAGAUCCGAGGCCUCUUCCUCUUCUGGAGGACCUGCUACAGCAGGGGCCGUUCGCCUAUCAAGACUUACCGCGGCUACGUUUGACGGCAUGGAAGUUGAGCGCCUGAUUCUGGCUCGGAAAGGCAUUCCAAAGAAGGUUAUUCCUACCCUCAUAGAGGCUAGGAAAGGGGUAACGUCUAAACAUUACCAUCGUAUUUGGAAUAAAUAUGUCUCUUGGUUUAAGUCCAAGUAGUUUUCUACGGUGGAGUUUCAACUGGGACGUUUCCUCCUCUUCCUGCAGGCAGGAGUGGAUAUGGGCCUGUGAUUGGGAUCUGUGAAGGUCCAGAUUUCUGCCCUAUCCAUUUUCUUUCAGAAACAAUUGGCUGCCCUCCCUGAGGUUCAGACCUUUUUGAAGGGUGUUCUGCACAUUCAACUUCCCUUUGUACCGCCUACGGUGCCUUGGGACCUUAACAUGGUGUUGCAGUUCCUCCAGUCGUAUUGGUUUGAGCAUCUACAGGAGGUGGAGCUCAAAUUUCUUACUUGGAAGGUGGUCACUUUGUUGGCCUUAGCUUCUGCUAGGCAGUAGUCUUAGCUGUGGGCUUUAUUCUGUAAAAGCCCUUACUUGAUCUUCCACGAAGAUAGAGCUGAGCUCUGGACACGCCAGCAGUUUCUUCCGAAGGUUGUGUCGGCAUUUCAUAUCAACCAAACUAUUGUGGUGCCAGUGGCUACUGACUCCUCUAUUACUUCAAAAUCCUUGGAUGUCGUAAGGGCUCUGAAGAUUUAUGUGAAGAGAACUUCUCGUCACAGGAAGUCGGACUCUCUGUUUGUCCUAUAUGAUACCAAGAAAAUUGGGUGUCCUGCUUCUAAGCAGACGAUAUCACGCUGGAUCAGGUUUACUAUCCAGUAUGCUUAUUCUACGGCAGGAUUGCCGUGUCCAAAAUCUGUCAAGGCCCACUCUACUCGUAAGGUGGGGUCUUCCUGGGCGGCUGCUCGGGGUGUCUCGGCAUUACAACUUUGCCGAGCUGCAAAUUGGUCUGGGUCAAACACGUUUGCUAAGUUCUACAAGUUUGAUACUUUGGCCUCUGAUGAUCUGAAGUUCAGUCAAUCAAUUCUGCAGGAGCCUCCGUGCUUUGGUACAUCCCCAUGGUACUAAUGUGGACCUCAGCAUCCUCUAGGACGUAAGAGAAAAUAGGAUUUUGGUUACCUACCGGUAAAUCCUUUUCUCGUAGUCCGUAGAGGAUGCUGGGUGCCCGCCCAGCGCUUUGUUUUCCUGCAUAUGUUAUUUGGUUCAGUACAACUUUGUUUUAGUUGAGUACUGCAGUGUUACUUGGUAAGUAAUGUUUCAGCGGUUGCUGGAUUAGUUCAAGCUAGUUGUCUUGACGUGCCUUGUAUGUGUGAGCUGGUAUGUAUCUCACCACUAUCUGUGUUAAGACCUUCUCUCGAAAUAUGUCCUCUCCUCGGGCACAGUUUCUAGACUGAGUCUGGUAGGAGAGGCAUAGAGGGAGGAGCCAGCCACACUCUCAAACUCUUAAAGUGCCAAUGUCUCUUGGUGGACCCGUCUAUACCCCAUGGUACUAAUGUGGACCCCAGCAUCCUCUACGAAUUAUGAGAAAAGGAUUUACCGGUAGGUAACCAAAAUCCUAUUUUUUCUGACAUUGUCCCAUAUUCAUGGAAGUCAUUGACUGUUACCAAUUAUAUGAUUGUACAAUGCUGGGUAUCCGGUCUUUAGGUCGACACUCAUCAAGUUGACCACUAUUGGUCGACAUGCAUUAAGUUGACAUGGUCAAUAUUUUAACAUGGUUACUAGGUCGACAUGGAAAAGAUUCACACUCGAAAAGGUUGACAUGAGCUUAUCACAUUUUUUUUUUUUCUUCAUCUUUCGAACUUUCAUACUUUACAAUGCACGUGGACUACGAUUGGGAAUAGUAACCUGUGGUAGCGGAGCAAGGCACCUUGCCCGAAUUUGCUCACCAUGCAAGGGGAAACGGUGCACUAAUUGGGGUUCCCGGUCACUUUAUGAAGAAAACACCAAAAAAAAAUAUUAAACUUAUGUCGACCUUUUUCCAUGUCGACCUAGUCCCUGUUGACCAAUAGUGAUCGAUUUAAUUACUGUCGACCCUAUGAGCCACAUCCCAUUGCUGACGCUACAUCAGUCACAGAAUGGAGUACAUUCGUAAAAUCUCUCUGCUGCGCUUCCGACAGCCACACCCUGUGACUGUUUUGUUACACUUUUUUAAGCUGGUAUUAUGCUUUUUCUCUACCUGGAAAUGUGAAUAUCUUGUUAAAUAAAUAAAAAGUUUACAUAUUUUAUUUAUUAAAAACUGCAAAGAUC